AUGGUGAAGGUAGCAAUUGCUGGGGGAACCAGCAAUGUUGCGCUGGAGGUGAUUGAUGCACUGUGUGCUGCGAACAAGCACGAGAUCUUGUUACUCUCGAGAAAGGAUGUACCAAGCAUUGAAACAAGGCCGGGCGUGAGUUGGGCGAAGACGGAUUACCUGGACGUACGGCAACUUGUCGACCUCAUGCGUGGAACUCACACGCUGCUUUCUUUUGUCGUCACGCAGACGGAUCCCAAUGAUAUCACGCAAAAGAACCUCAUCACUGCAGUGGUUGAAGCCGGGGUGAAACGUUUUGCUCCCAGCGAGUGGACUUUGUCGAGCUUUGAGCAUAUGCCGUGGUAUGCCGGCAAGGCUGAGAUUCGCCAGUAUCUCAAAGACCUCAAUCGAGAACGGACGGUAUUGGAGUACUGUCUUUUCCUCCCCGGCCUCUUCACGAACUACCUCACCCACCCUUACAAGUCUGCAAAACAUUUCAACUCGUUUGAGAUGCACAUCGACUUUGACAGACGCCGAGCGUUGAUCAUGGAAGGAAGCGAAGACGAUCGCAUUACUCUCACCACUGCUCAGGACUUUGCUCAGAUUGUGGCGCGAGCGGUGGAGUAUGAGGGCGAAUGGCCAGUUUUAGGCGGCAUCAAGGGUACGGAGAUUACAAUUGGGGAAUUGCUCAAGCUGGGUGAACGAGUUCGAGGCGCACCAUUCAAUGUCGAAAGGCUGAAAGCCGAUGAUUUGAAGGCCGGCAUAGUCAAGGCUUCGUGGCUCCCUUCGGUGGAGCAUUCGGGCACGCAGAGCGAGCAAAUGGUCGCUUUCAUCUCUAUGCUCACCGCUGGAAUGCUUCUUGGGACGUCGUCCGGCGCGCUGAACGUGUCGGAUGAGUGGAAUCGUGUGUUUCCCGAGUAUCACUUCACUUCGGCGGAUGGAUUCCUGGCCAAGGCAUGGAUGGGCAAGCCUUGA